AUAUUAUUAUUGUUGUACUCCUGUCUCUUGUUAAUGUAUGUCGAAUCAGGGGGCAAGCGAUAGUGAUAAUUCAGAUUUAAUAGAUUUAUCUAGUCCGAGUAGUGAUACCUCUAGUGGGGAAUUAUACAUACCACGCAAAGUUUUAAAUAGGGAAAGGGACUAUUUAGAUCCAACAGGGGAGAUUGUAGGUACAUCUAGGUAUCCAUUACGAAGUCAGAUUAGUUCAGAGCAUCUAGCAGAAACAGAGCAUCUUUUCAAACCAGAGCAUCCAUUCAAACCAGAGCAUCCAUUCAAGCCAGAGCAUCGAAUCAAUCCAGAGCAUCCACAGAUUCCAGAACAGCAGCAGAACUUAAAAAGCAUAGAACAAUCAAACGCCAUUUUAAACCAAGUUAGUGUGACACUGGAUAAGGUGAAUAAAACAAUUGCGGAGUCAACGCGGAUACUUCAAACAGAAAAAAAACCAACUUCAAAUAAAGAAGUCGUUAUGGCUAAACACAUGUCUAUAGAACAAGCGCUAAAAUUAAUCCCUAUGUUCGACGGGGAAAAUUCAGAUUCAAAUCACGCGUUCCAAAAUUCCUGCGAUUUUGCACUGCAGAAUAUUGACCCAAGUGAAAAUGACAAUUUCGUUAAAGGCAUUACAACAAGACUUACUGGCAAAGCAUAUCGGGCAAUACGGUACAAAGAAAUUAAGAAAUACGAAGAUUUAAAAAUAGUAUUAAAUUCAUUGGUUGAUAAAAAAUUCACUUUGGCGCAUUUACACUCAAAAUUAUCAAUGUUCAAAUUGGCGUAUGGAGAAACUAUACAACAAUAUGCAGAUAGAGCAGAACAAUUAUUUUAUGAAAUUAUGGAAGCGUCAAUAUCCACGGGAGGGUUAGAUAACCCAGAGGGGAUAUCCAAGAUUACAGCUAUGCAGAUCCUUACUGCAUUCACAGAGGGACUUCCUCACGACACCAGAAUAAUAGUCAAGGCUAGAAAACCCAGUGAUUUGAAUGAAGCCGUCCAAAUUGCUAUCGAAGAAGAAACGUCACGCUUAUCACAGAAAGAAAUGCGUAAAAACAACAACCACCAGAAAGUGGAUAAUAAACACAAAUCAAAUCAAAAUCAUCCAGCAUCAUCUCACAGCAAAUCAGUGGGUGCUUGUUUUCUCUGCGGUCGAACAAAUCAUCAAGCUCGUCAAUGUCAUGCAUCCGAGGCAGAUAAAAUAAGAUAUAAAGAGUCGAAUCAGAAAGGAAAAACACAGACGCCCGGUGGGACAAAUCAAGACAGCCACUCUCAACCUGCAGGGGUUCUCCUUUUCGAAGCGAAAUUAGUAGAGAAUCAUGUCUCUUUACAAAUACCACAAUGCGUUCAGGGUAGUGCACACCUUCUACUGGACACCGGAAGUGAUCUAAACAUGAUAAAAUUGUCUAGCCUACUUGACGAGGUAUUUGUCGACGAAACCCAG